AUGUCCGAACCACUGCCAGUUUACACCCAGGACCCUCUGCCCGAAUCCGAGGUCCCAGCAGCUGAACCACCACAAUACUUACGCCGCACCGCCUCUCAAGAAGCCGCAAACCUCAAAGCACUCAAAGCCUGGGCAGAGAAACGCGAUAUGAUGAACGGAGGCGGCUACAUGGAGACCUUCCACGUCGGCGGCAAGACAGUAACUAACGGCCAUGUCGUCGAAGAAGCCACCACAACUGCUUCCCACGAAUUUCCUUCUGCAGCACAGGAGAAGCAAGCACUUGCUCACCACCACGAUGAUGCGGAUGAAGCUUGCUCUUCUCGUCGCGACAGUGAAAACGACAGUCGUCCAGGCGUGGGAAAACGGCUCUCGGGCUUUUUGAAGAGGUUUAGUCCGGCAGAGCGGUCGAUGCAGAAAGCUAUGGCGAUGAGUGCUGAAGGGGAAGCUGCCGAGAUGAAAAAGUAUCCCAUGUCUGAGGGUACGUACGGCUGGGAAAACUACGAUCCGAACAAGAAACGGUAG